UGGUGUAUAUGAGGUUAUGAAAAGAUAACCAAAAAAUUUGUAUGUCUGCUAAUUUUAUGAAAUUUAAAUUAACGUAAAUACAAUUAAUGCGAAAAAAAUUAUUGUUUGUUUUAUGUACCGUUGUUUGAACAAGAGGGCCAGCUAUUUGAAUUUAGUCAUCAAUGUUAUUAUAUUGUUUUUUGUAGUUAUAAAAACAUAACCUCAAUUAAUUGUGACACUUGUCAAACAAACGAUAAAAAAUAAUAAGAGUUUUUUAAGAAAAUGAGUGGAAAACCGAGUGUGGUUAUUGUUAGUAGCAGUAGCACAAAGCCAAAGUCAUUAAUUAAGCUAAUAACGAAAUGUGCGGAUAUCCAAGAAGACCCCCUUGACUCGAACAGGAUCACUCACACUUGGACAAUUGAUACCAAAUAUUAUUCAGCAGAAGUUGAUGUAAUUGGGAUAACUGAACAGUACGAGCGAUCUCAGACGUUCAAUGAUAACGUCGAGGCUCUAGUAAUCCACAUAGACACAAACAAAGAGAGUGGUUUGAAGGAUUUAGAUACCUGGACUAGUUUACAAGAAGAAUGCGACCCUGAGAUCAAACUCCUAAUCGCAAAUUAUUGUACCAGCGAAACGAAAACCACCAAAGCUGCGGCUACAGAAUGGUGUUUAAAACACGGUUUUGAAUUAAUAGAACUGUAUCCUGGGUCGCAAAUUUGCGAUCAGGACAUAAUCGAGGAGAAAAUUGGUGUUGAAAGGGUCAUUGAAGCCCUCCAGACCCACACUUGGACCAAUCUGAAUAUGAAAAACCAGGAAAAUGACGUGAAUAAGAAAAACGACAGUGUAGUUGAAUUAUGUGAGGAGUUUCUCACAAGUGAAGCAGUCGAUGAUUUUAGCGAUUUGUUUGCGCAAUUAAAUAUGAUGAAGGAGAGUUUGCAGUCUUUGCCAAUGAAUCAGAGGAAGCAGUGUGCCGAGCAGGUGGUCACGGCGUUUUGGCGCGCUAUUGGGGGAGAUGAAGAAGAAAUUGCAGAUGUCUAAAAUUUUCACUGCAUUUAAUUACGAUAAAAUAAUAAUUAUAAAUUAAAAUGUUAUGCAAUGAUUAUUUAUUAAUAAAUAAGUUUAGAUAGUAAUAA